AGGCAUAGUCAGCUAACAUUAGCUGCUGCUAUUAUUUCAAUUUGCAGACCAUGAAGAGAAAGUCAACAGACAUCUCUUCUUACUUUAUGAAGAACAUUAGCACAGGAGGAGAGAGAGAGCCAACAGUUGAGCAGCAGAAGGAUAGCGAUGAGGAGACGGAGGAGGAAGAUGAGGAGGAGGAGCAGACAGAGCAGCAUGAGCAUGACGGUGACACAGAAGCUCAGCCAGCAGCAGAAGUUCAGGCAGCCGCAGCUGCAGAAGAGGGACAGUUAGCAGAGAUAAUGGGCACAGAGGCGAGGCAGGAGUCAGCAGCAAGUGUUCAACCUGCUCCUGGACCAACAGAUAUCUCCCAGUCAAGAGCAGAACAGCCAAAGCAGCCACUUCUGCAAAACUUCCUGCGAACCCAUCAAGGUAGCAGAAGACGGUGUUUUUCAAAAGACUGGUACAGCAAACAUAAAUGGCUGGAAUAUUCUCAAAGUAAGGACUUUGCCUUCUGUUAUGCCUGUCGCCAUUUUAGUCUCCCCAACUCAGGGGAUUCAGCAUUUACAUCUGGAGAGGGUUUCAAAAAUUGGAAACAGGCAACCUUCAAAGAUGGGGGACUUUUAGGCCAUGCUAAAUCUUAAGUCCAUACUAAUUCAAUGUUAGCAUGGGCCGAAUAUCAAAAGUCUACAGAAAGCACGUCCUUUCUCUCAGCCUCCUUAAAUACUUAGUAUAACAAGUUAGUGAGGGAAAAUAGAGAAUACAUAAAAUUGUCGGAGAAACCCUGCUCCUCACUGCUACACAAAACAUCACACAAAGAGCACAUAAAGAAUCAGAGGAUGGGGAUAAAGGAAACUUUCUCUCCAUCAUGGAGCUGGUGGCCAAACACAAUCCCUUGGUUAAAAUAAGAUGACAGGUAAAAGAAACGCAACGUACCUUGGGCAUGAGACCCAAAAUGAAAUUCUCAAUUGUCUUGCUGAGAUGGUCGCACCUCAAUAACUACCGAAGUAGCCCAAAGUGAGGCUUUUAGUGCUUUGGUUGGCAAGACCAAAGACAUGAGCAAGAAGGAACAGAUGUCCUUUGUAAUAAGAUACUAUUACAAUGGGUCAGUAUGUGAAAGCUUCCUUUCCUUUGAGGCAGCACAGCACCUGGAUGCUGCAGCACUUUCACAGAAUAUAGUACAAAUUUUGCAGAACCAUGGCCUUGACUACAAAAACCACCUAGUAGGGCAAGCAUAUGACAGAGCCUCAGUCAUGAGCGGAAAGUACACAGGUGUGCAAGCACACAUUAAAUCAGAGGCCCCAUUAGCUUUUUAUGUACACUGCAACGAGCAGUGCUUAAAUUUAGUAUUAGUUGACAGUAUGAUAUGCAUCCCUGAAGCUAACUGCGUCUUUUCGCUUUUGCAGAAACUGUAUGUCUUUGUGUCAGGGUCAAAUGUGCAUCAAAGGUGGUUUGAGAUACAGAGGGAGAUGUUUCAGGGCCCCCCAAGAGAGCUACAAAGGCUGAUAGACACACAGUGGGCAUGUAGGUAUAAUGCUUGCAAGACAGAGAGACAGACUGCCAGCCAUCAUGUGUCUACUAAAAGAAAUAUCAGAAGAGCAAAAUGGUGACAGAGCUACAGAGGCAAGAGGUUUAUUAGUCCAAAUAGAUCUCAAGUUUGUUGCCCUCCUUGUAACAUUUACCAGUGUUCUUCAGAUAAAAUAUCUGUCAGAUAUUUUGCAGUACCCACAACUGGAUUUGGGCGCAGCUGUCACACUUGUUGACUCUCUUAUUGACACAUUAGAGAGUUACAGAGAGGGCUCUCUCUUUAAUGACAUCUGGGACAAUACUCUGACUCUUACUGAACAAUGCAACAUCAGUGUGACACAUCCUCCAGACCGUCAGGUCAGACCAAGCUCUAUGCUUGAAGGGCAUUACACGUUCAAUCCAAUAGUUCAAAGACAAGUUAACACAGAGGAGUCAUUUCAGACAGGUUCAUUUAUUCCAAUUAUUGAUGUGCUUCUCUCUGAGGUGAGGAGAAGAUUUUCCAAAGAAAACUGUGUCAUAAUGAAAGGGAUACAGGCCAUGAAUUCUAGCAGUCCCACAUUUUGUGAGAAAGAUGUAGUGUUUCCAUUUGCCUCACAAUACAACUGCAGCACUGAGGAUCUACAAUAUGAGAACCCCCAGCUCAAACGCAUUCUUGAGAGGAAGGGAACUAGUAGUCAGGAAACACCAAAGAGUUUAGUGGAGCUCACUGUCUUCCUGGAGCCAUACAAGGAGGUAUUCUAUGAGAUGUUUAAAGUGUGCAAAAUUGCACUUCCAUUACCUGUGAGCACCGCAUCCUGUGAGCGCAGUUUUUCUGUGCUAAAGUUAAUCAACACAACCUUAAGAAGUACCAUGACUGAUGAGCAUUUAGGCAAUUUGGGGGUGCUCAGUGUGGAAUCAAGAAGGGCUAAGGUCAUAAAUCUUGAUAAGUUUGUGGAUGCGUUUGCCAAAAAACACAGGAACAGGCAACUAUAGUUGUUCUGAAAAUACAACUGCAGCACUGAGGAUCUCUAACAGGAGAGUAAAGUCGUUCUGAAAUGUGAGCCUGUUAAUGAAAAAGAUGAUUGGUCCCUGUUUGGAAAUUUGUAUUGUUACAAAUAAAGUUAUGACUGUGGCUGAAACAUGUCAGAAUCAGAAUAAAGGGUUUCUGUUUGUA